GAAGCCGGUUGCUUGGGGCAGAUUGUGUCCAGCAUGGCCGCGGUUAGCUUUAGCGGUUUGUUCCUGGCGUCUGUCGCCUUGACAAACUUUAUUUUCGUGUUCGGGACGUGCGUGGAGUUUGUCAGGUUCAUAUCCUUCCGAGCGAUUUACUAUAACAUCACGGGGAUGGCGCCGCAGAUCCAAGAGUCAUCCUCCCGCGACUGGUCAGCGGUUCUUCAGGACCCGGCUGUGCUUUGGCCCCUUGCGGUCGACCUGGCCUUGCUCCUGCUCUUCGCGGUGCAGCACAGCCUUCUCGCCGCGGAGCCGGUGAAGAAGCGCCUCCAGGCGGUGUUCGGAGUGCUGCAGCGCGGCUUCUAUGUUUUCACCACUGCCUUGGCGCUGCAGGUGUUGAUCCGAUACUGGCAGCCUGUGCGUGACGCCCCCUUUCUGUGGAACAGCAGUACUGCGCCCUGGAGCACCUGGCUGCCUCUGCUGUGCUUCAUCAUUCACUUCCUGUGCUGGCUGAUCAUAUUCAGCAUCAUCCUCAUCUUCGACUACGCAGAGCUGAUGGGCAUCAAGCAGGUGUAUUAUCACUGCCUGGGGCUGGGUGACCCUCUCUCUAUGAAGUCCCCGCGAGCACAGCGGCUCUACUCUCACCUGCGCCACCCUGUCUACCUGGAGGUGUGUGUGGUUUUGUGGGCAGUACCCUGCCUCUCUCUCGACCGACUGCUGCUGUCCGGUGUGCUCACCCUUUACCUGACCUGUGGCCACUCCCUGGACACCAGAGACUACACGUACCUGAGUGCCCAGCUGCGCAACAAGCUGGACCUGUUCAGCCGCUCCGCCCAGCCCGGGACCAACGGUCAGCCCGUCAGCGCCACCGCAGCCAGCCGCAAAGAAGAAUGAAACAAGGGGGCACCUGAUUGGGUCUGUGCCUUGGAACCGCUGACCAAUCAAAUCAAAUCAGAUCAACACCAGUGACCCUCAGAUGAUUGUCAGCACUUGACUUCUGUGGACCAGUCAAUCCCAAUAAUCGAAUAAUCGGUUUGUGCAGCUGUACUAAAUAUCCUCUUGUUUUGUGUUUUAGUUCACGACAGUGUUUUUCUUUUAAUACUUUUUUUUUUUAACUGUUUAAUAUAAAUAUAUUUUUAUACCCUUGCCCAAGUCAAAGAAUCAGAUCUAGCAAUGAUGCCCUUUCUCCGCCAGCGUUAGAAGAUGCCAAGGCCGUGCUGAUCAACAGACACAAUUACAAAUGACAUUUUAACAGUUCCGUUGCCUGCUUUUGAUAUUUGAUCGUUUGAUUCUCAUUGCAAUGACUCAAAUAGCUUUUCAUUAUUUUAAGUCUUUGUUAACAAGCUUUCAUUGUGAGUUCAGGAGCUGCUUUUCAGUUCUAGUUUGCUGCCAUUGACACAUGUAAUGUAGACUAGAUCAGCUAAAGCAGCAGCAUCAGCGCCAUCUAGUGCACAGCUGUAUAUUUCCAGCAAAACUAAUGGGCAUGUCAUUUGUCGAUGCUGGCUCUCACUUCCGUGAAGACUGUUCUACAUUAGGAAUGUCUCUGGCAGGCUGCUGGAACGGAAGAACAUCUGGAUUCUGAUGAAAACACCAAACAAUAAUUAUAAAAAAGUAUUUGAGUCAUUACAAUAAAAACCAUUCUGGAUGAUUACUGACAUUAUAAAAAGGUUGGAGGGCACAUUAAAUAAGUAUGUUUCUUGUUCUUUUAGGGAGUUUUUUUUCGUUUCUAAAUAAAUGUUUUUAUUAGAAAAUGCCUUUUAAGAAGCCAGGAGUAGUUCAGAAUUAUUCCCUGAAAACACACACACACACACACACACACACACACACACACACACAUCUUUUGCACACAUUUUCUUUAAAAUGUUACCAGUAAAACAAAAAUACAGUUUACUUUAUAGAUAAAGGUGAUCCCUCCCCUUUUUAAAUUCUGUAUUGCGCCCUGAACUAUAAAAGAUUCAUGUGGUUCCAUCUACUAUUCCAAUCAAUCCUGCGUCUCGUGCAUGCACUAGGCAGGUCUCGCGUGUGCAGUUCUGAAACAAGCCCAUGUAUUUCCAUACUAUCUUAAAGAAAGUUUGCAUGCCUUUCUUUCUUGUAUUCUGUUCAGGUUGGUUAAUGAUGUGAAAUGGCUGGGGGAAAUGACAAUCCCCAAGUGAAACGACCAAGAACGUGCAAGAGGAACAGACUACCUGAAAGUCAGAACAAAUAGAAAUACAUUCAACCUGGUACGAUUUCAGAUACUAGCUUAUAAAAUGGAAAUAUACUGCUUCAUAGUGUGUGGGGGUGGGGGUGGGGGUGGGCAGUGGAAUAGACCUCCAGCUCUGUGAUUGGACAUCCCUAGGGCUCUCAUAACCACCUACUGCUGCAUGUAGUGGCAGGGGUGUUUCCAGUAAGCCUGCAGAUUUCGUUCUCAUAAUGAUGAUACACUAGAAUCCCAUGCUGUGGUCUCUGUGCUGUAUUCCUGUGGAGUUUGUUUUCUUUGAAGUUGCAGCCAGACAGUGCCCACUGGAUAAAAUAUACCGGUCUCUAUGUACUUAAUUCUCUCAUAGCUUAGUUCCUGUAAUGUUGCUGACAGAUAGUGUCCCAAAGUCAUGUUCAGUAAACACUACAAUAGCACACACUGGUGUCCUUUUACUGUAUUCUGCUUAAACUGGACAGAAAAAACAUUUCAAUGUAUAUAUGUUACAUUGUGUUUAACCAUAAGUAUUACUGUUUAGUUUUUUUUUAUAUAUAGGUAAUAUUUCAGCAUGUAUUGCACACACACACACACUGUUUUGUGUUUGUAUUUGUCGUGUAUUUAUUUGAUUUAUUACAUAGUACAGUUAAACAUGACUUGGUGGGUUUUGUCACCAGCUCUGUGCUUGUCAGGUUUUGUUAAUAGUACACGGCUUAUUUUAAAAUAAAAACAAAUAAAAAAAAAAA